CUUAGCUGCUUGAUUGGUUGAUGAUCGUGUGCUUCCGUCUCGGCUGCGAAGUUGUCGAUCCCCCCGCGUGCAGGGGCCGCCCGAGGUUGGACUCGCUGCACGCGCUGCUCCGCCAUACGACCUUCCGUCUUUCCUGUUCCCGUCCGUCCGUCCGUCUGCUAUCGUCUACGCAAUUUCCUGCUCCAUCAAUUUGGACGGUGAACUCACUACACUGCGAUGCUGUCUCUGUUCCCACCCGCCAAUAAGUACACUCUGCAGAUUCGCAAAGACCACAUCGAAGCUCGCGAUCGUGCUCUGUGCGUACCCCUGUCUGCAGACAACAAGUCCUCCAGUUCGAUUGCUUCCCUGUCGCAACUGCCUCCCUCUGAGGUCGCUAUCCAGGAUGGCGAUGUAGAAAUCUUAUCCUGCACUCUGCAGGAGCUCGUCAGCGGCAUAGCCGAACGCAAGUGGACUUCCACCCGUCUCUUACACGCCUUUAUCAGAUCAGCAAGACGUGCUCAUCAGAAGAUCAACUGCAUCACCCAUCCCAACUUCGCCGCCGCACUCAAGGCUGCCGAGCAGCGCGAUGAGCACUUUGCAAGCACUGGCGAGCUAGUCGGUCCUCUACACGGUAUCCCUUUCAGCUUCAAGGAGAACAAUAACAUCAAGGGUCUUCCCACCACUGUGGGAUACACUGCUUGGGUGCUUGAUGGCCCCGCUAAGAGUGAUUCGGCGCUAGCUCAGAUGGUACAGCAUCUAGGAGGCAUCGUCAUUCUCAAGACCAAUGUCCCACAGACGAUGAUGAGCUUUGAGUGCUCCAAUCCCCUCUACGGGCGGACACUCAAUCCAUGGUCUGCAGCUCACACGCCCGGCGGAUCCAGUGGAGGGGAAGCUGCUCUUCUGGCAUCAGAUGGAGCGGCAGCAGGCUUCGGAAGCGACAUUGGAGGUUCUCUACGCAUUCCGACUGGGUACUGUGGAAUCUAUGCCAUCAAGCCCACCAUUGGAAGACUGCCUGGUGCAGGGACUCGCACGGCUCGAAGCGGCUUCGAAGGCAUCCCCUGCGUCUAUGCCCCCAUGUGUCGCUCUACUGCUGAUCUCGAAUUCCUCUUUCGCGAGCUGGUACCUCUGCUGCACCCACCUUUGGAUUCUCACGUUGAGCCGCAUGAAGCGCAGAAGAAAUUUGGGUCCGAGUCUCUGCGACCUUCGCCCCUUCGCCCUGCGUGGUUCGAUCCGAUCAAGGUGAGCGAGGCGAGGGGUGAGCCUCUCAGGAUAGGCUACUACUCCUGUGAUGGUUACAUCAAGACGAGUCCAGCCUGCAUACGAGGAGUCAAGGAGAGCGUCGAGGCGCUGCAAGCCUCUUCUGACUACAAAGACGGCAAGCUAGAGCUGGUCGAGAUCGAUCCUGCCCGCUUGGACACUGUGGAAGCCAUGCACAUCUUCUCCUCGCACAUCACUUCCGAUCGAUGCGACGGCCUCUUGGCGCCGCUCAAAUCGCGCAAGAUCCGCGAAGCCAUGGACUUUGCACUCUUCCUACCGGUGUUCGCGGCAAGGGGAGCAGCGUGGAUGAAGAAGAUCCUCUACUGGAUCGUCAAGUAUGUCAUUGGGGACAAGGCGCUGGGAUACUUGCUCACUGCUGGAGGAGGCAAGACGGCUUCGCAGUACUUUGAUCACGUUGCAAGGAGAGAUCAAUUCCGUGCUGCAUUCAGGAAGAAGGUGUGGGACUUCUACCAACUCGAUGGGAUCAUCUGCCCUGUGCAGGCUAGCCCUGCCGUACCUCACGGAGGCUGUACGAAGCUCUCGACGAUGGCAAGCAGCACAAUCCUGUACAAUGUCCUCGACACCGCCGUCACCAUCUGUCCCGUCACUCGCGUGAAUGCUCAAUUAGACGCCGUCUCCCACAAAGGCUCUCCUCCCCCAGCCGGCUCUACCGACGCCCAACGGGGCGCAGGUGGGGGUGGGAUGACCCUCUCUCGCUACCAAGAGUGGGACGCCACUCCAGGCUUCUCGACGUGCUCCAAGAUGAACUCCUACUCUCUCUAUGGAGAAGGCACCUACGAUGCGGUUCAGAUGGCUGGACUCCCUAUAGGUGUGCAAGUGGUCGCGAGGGAGCACGAGGAGGAGAAGAGUAUCGGCCUGCUGAGGCUGCUGGAUGAGGCGCUGAAACAGUCAAGGAGAGAGGAGAAGGCGCAGUGGGGUCCGGGCCUUUUUACGAGAUUGGCAAUGGAGAGCGAGCGGAAGGGAUAUUAGACCGGCCGGCAAGGAGUGGGGGAAGGGCAAAGGGGGUGCCAUAUGGCGCUGCGAGGGGUCAGAGGUGAUGUACGCCGAGCAAGGGGUUGUAUUGUAUCUACCAAGUUCGCUUCGCUUCGCUUCGCUUCGCUUCUGCAGCUGCUUCUUGCUGAAUAUAUCGUGUAUCGUAAUAUUGCACAUCUUCUACCCAAACCCAAUCCUGUAUCGG